CUACACUCGAUUUGGCUACACUUGUGCUUGCUUCUUGGACUUGAAUCCGAGGUCCAUGGCUUAACGCGCUACGGCAUUAUAAAAGAAACAUACAUACAUUAGAUAAUACUGUGUCAGCUGUCUGCCAUCACAAUGCAGAUGGUGCAAACGAGUGAGAACGCCAGAAGAAAAGUCGGGUUACGCUUUCAGGGAGCUGGUGCCGCCGUCGAAAGCUCCAAAGGAUAUUUCUUGACAGAGGAUCACUCGUCCAAUACUUCAAGUCGCGUAAGCUUCAAGACGGCCAAAUCAGCCGCUAUCGAAGAGCGUUGAUUCUGAUGAGACAUCUGGGAAAAUAGCAUGACAAUCCAUUAGACAAUGGACGUCCUGACCUGCUGUUGCUGUGGCAGCUUCACCACGAGCGACCAAGUGCAGCUUGUUCUAGCAAGUGAGAGUCACAUUGGUUUAUGGGGGCAGCGCCAGCAGUCUGCACGACCAGUCCUCGUCCACCGGCAACGCGCGCACUGCACUGCCGCUGUCGUCACCCCCUUCAGAGUGCCAGGCUGGUUGCAGGAUGGACGAGAUGGACUAGCGGCCAUCUCUGCAUCAUCAUCAGAUCUACAGCUACUCUGCUGGAACAACCAGAAACAGGGCCUCCAGGAGCUGUGCCAUAUCCCAAACGCCCUCCCAAACAUCCAAUCGACGCACGACAGAAUCCAAACAAGCCAGGCGAUUGCCUUAGGGUCCUCUCUCUGCUGUGUCAUCAGCGGAGGCGAUGGGAGGCUGACUGUGGCGAUGGUCAAGAAGAACGAAAAAGGGCCGAUCCGCUUUUGCGGCACCUUUCACGAAGUUCCACCCACACACGACGGCCGUUCCGGCGGCCUGCUCGGCAGCUCGACGCAAAUCCUCAGCCUCUCGUUCCUGACUGAUUGGAACGGCUGUCCUGAGGUCGACCUCCACGGGCGGCCUUUGCUGGCUCAGCUCGUUCGAGAAAUAGCUCUGGAUGGUUCCGUCACCAGCUUCUUCCUCUCCGCCCUCGACGUGGCCUCCGGGGAGCUCCACCGAUGCUGGCAAUUGAGAGACCUCGAACCUUCGACCCGUGUCUUGCUGACGUCCGCCUCCUUGAGCGCCCCGUCGCCCGAGAAGAGAGCCGAGAUCCUGCUCUUAUCCAGCUCCGGCGGCAUAGCUUAUGACCGCAACGGCUGCUUUUGCAAGCGCAUACGUUACGAGACGGAGCGCUCGUUUAUUACAGCGGCCCAAUUGAGCGAGAACCUUCUGAUUGUCGGGGACGCUGCUGGGGCCCUGCAGGCGGUGGACCUUUCCAUGUCGGAUUCCGCCCGUCCGUUGCGCUUCGAGCCGGAACCGGCUUUCCAGCUGCAUUCAGGAUUGCGGGCUCUGCUCCCGUUUGCACAAGAACCUGACGCGUCCACUUUUGUCUCCGUACGGGAAAACGGUCAGACGUCUUUGAUACGCUAUCCUGGCGGAGAUAGCGCAUGCUCCAUCCGGCACGUGCCCUCCACUGAGCUACCCGGCCUUGCCCCCGUGCACGACUUCACGGCCGUCCACGUGUCACCUCAAGAAGCGGAGCUUGUAUUGGCUCACGGGUCCGCGAGGCACGGCUGCCUGACACGUGUCCAGGAAGCGGCGGAGCUGAUGAUCAGGGAGGCGCUAACUAUCGAGCAUCAGGGCCUCGGACUCCCCGCCCUCCUACCGUUCUCCCUCCCCUCAGACCGCCCCGCCGUCGUCCUCAGCUAUGAAAACUCCAGCCGCGUCCUCCAUCUUUGCGAUGACGCCACGUGGCGCCCUCUCACCGCCUCGGCAUUCGACGAAACCCUGCGCACGCUCGCGGUCGGGGCAGUCGGGGUCGGCCGCGCCUUCGUCCAAGUGACGUCAGCGGGCUUGCGGCUGGUUGCUUCUUCCCCGCCGUACGAUCUGCUUCAAGAAUUAGACUGUUUAAAAGCUGCGACUGGCAAGGCGACACGUGGACAAAAGCUGUUCUUGGCGGACGUCCGAAACACGAGGGUCGUGGUCGCCGGAACGGACGAGCUUCGGACGUUUGAAGUCGACGCGAGCGGCGGUCUGCUGCGGGAGGGUGCGUCACGGAAGAACGAGCAACAGAUUUCUGCCGUUGGGCUGUCGGUUUGGAGCGGCGGUAUGGGUCAACGGAGAGCAAGUCACGGAGAAGCGAGUACGAGCGGAGCAGCGUUGAGAAGCGGGCCUGAUGCGGCGAAAAAAAGGGGCGGAAAGACCAGGAGAGCGGAACCGAGCGGAAUGCAAGGGAGCGGACGGCAAGAGAACGACAGGCCGCAACAAUCCGAGUAUGUAGUGGUUGGUUUCUGGACGAGCCAUGUUGUAGAAGUCCUACGCUGGUCAGAUCUCGAGAUGGUGACACGUGUCCAGCUGGGCGGAUCGGAUCUGCCACGGAGCGUGAAGCUGGUUGCGUCGGAGGGUGUGAACGCGCUCUUUAUCGGAACCGGGGAGGGCAGUUUGCUCUGCUAUGAGGGAAGGAGCGAGGGUAUGGAGGAUAUUCACACCGGGCCGGGAUGGCAUGUAAGAGUUGGUUCGGGCCCUGUUUCUCUGUCGAUGGUCUCCGGUCAGUGGAGAGAAGAGUCUGCGGACAGUGGUGGUUUCGAACAGGCUCGUUCCAGUCAGCAUAUGACAAAGAAGAUAGAGCACGGAAGCGAAAGUAGCGAGAAGGGAAAGCGAACGGAAUAUGAAGCGGAAAGCGGACACGGCGUUGGUGUGGUUGGGAUUUUUGCGCAAAGCUACGGCGGAGUCUUUUUGGGAUUUGACAACCCGUCAUCGAGCGAGACAGAGUUGGCAACAGCAAGGGUCAUCGGCGCAGAGGGACUGCACCACGUGGCGGCUUGGGGGGACGCCACGUGGCUGGUCGUCGGAGAAGACGGGCAGAUACGGACGGCUUCCUUAGACAGGAAAGUAAAAGUCCGGCGGCAGAGCUUUCCCCUGGGAGUCACUCCGCGAAUGGUCGCCUGCCACGUGUCCCGCGGCUGCCUGGCUGCGGUCUGCGCCCGCGACCGGGGCGCGGACAGCCUGCGCGUGCUGCACGCGCGCACGCUCGCCUCGCUCGCUGACGUCAGCCUCCGGAAGGGCCACGUGCCCACGUGUCUGCACAGCGUCUCUCUUCCUCUGCAAAAGGUGGAUCGUCCGGAUUUCGACUCGUACGGAGCACCGGAAGACGAACUAGUAACGGGAGAGUUUCUCGUCCUGGCUUCGACGGUGACUGGCGGGGAGCACGCGGUGUCAGUGCUGUCCGUUUUCGACGUCGAGGAGAGCCCAGCCGGGGACGAUCGGGUGGCGUUUCGACUGUUCCUGCUCGGGUCGUACGCAACCGGUGCCGUCGUCUGCUCGAUGGCUUCCGUUCUGGUCCCUCCAGCGGAAGCAAGCGGAACGAUUGAUGAGGCAUCAGAGGGGCCGGUGUCUGCGCGGAUUGCGGAGAGCGCGUCAUUGCUCGCGGUCGGCACGCACGAGGGUUUGCAGGUUUUGUCGCUGACGGUCGACCGAGCGGGCGCGGCCGCGGUCGCGGACUUGGAAGAGCGAGCCGUGCUUGCAGCCCUAGCCGAGAGCAAUGGCAAAGGUGUCAAUGUUCCGGCUGGCGACAUGCCCGCAGAUCCUGACACCAAUUCCGCAAGGGACCCUGAUGGAAACACGGAAGCGGACGAAAGUGUGUCAAUAGACGAACCGAAGUCACAUCAGGUCGGGCUUCUCCAAGUGAAAGUUGCGGCGGAAAUCAAGCUUCCCGCGGGAGUCACUGGCUUGCAGUCGAGCGGUAACGUUUUGUUUGCCGCCUUGGCCGAUGGCUCGCUCUUACUUUUGGAAACGGUCCAAACGUCGACAGGCGUGCGGCUCGUGGCACGCUCACAAAGACGGUUCAAAGCUCCGCCGGCGUCGCUUUUCGCCGUGUCCCCAGCGCGCGUUCUCGUUUACUGUACUGGCCGACGCAGGGUCAGUCUUUUGGAGCGGGACUUAGCGGCAGAGGCUGCAUACGAGGAGAAAGAAAAGCGCACGGCCGUGCGCAUAAGCGAAGCUGGGGGGCUGGAUUUGUCAAAUCCCACCGGUAACGCGGAUAUACAGAUGAGCGGUUGUCAGUUGAAGGAGUUGGAAGGUCUGCCCCUGCUAGAGAUGAGGGACAUCGAUUAUGCUAUGCCAAAUGCUGCAAUUGGUUUCUGUAAGCUUCUUCGAAAGUUAGGGGCGUCGAAGACUGAAACAGGGGAGGUAAAUGUCGUGUUGCAGCAGGAUCUGUUUGCAGUGUUGGCGGACGGGACCGUCGAGACGUUGCCCAGUGCAAUGUUCUGAUGCCUUGAAGCAUUUUUGGGCCAGAAAGUGGAGUUUAAGAAGCAUAUCAGAGCCAGUAGUGGACGUGACCGUUAGGCACAGUGCGCUUAAUGCUAUUUAUGACAAGAAUCUUUGAGACGAAGACUACAGAGUUAUCAGCCUGCAUGAUUAAGUAUCGAAGUCACGUGCAAAGUACGCAAAGUAGGCCUCU